GGAGGAUGUGAGCUCACUCCCGCCUCCAUGUUCCUGGAGUCGCCUGAACGCGUCCGCCCGAGGUCGCGGGACGCUUGGGGAGUCAGCAGCGCGCCAGGCCCCUCCGGGCGCCACACGCAUUAGGUGCCUUCUUGAUGGGUACGGAAUGAAGGCGGGCGGUGGCUGGACCGAGGCAGCUCCCGGUUCGUAGCCGCCGCGCCGUCCGUGCCCGCGCACGCCACACCCCAGCGCGCUUCCGGCCGGGCCACGUGAUCGCGCGCGCACGUGUUCCGGCCUCUCUGCGUCGCCGUUCGGAGCCUCCUGCUGGUCGCCCCGGCAUUGGUCCACCGGGAGCCGGCUUGGGCCGGGCCUGGGAGGCGGCGACUAGGGGAGCCGCGGAGACGCGGGCGCUGAGCGUCGCGGGGGAGUAGGCCCGGGCCGGCAAGCGGCGGCCUCCGCCAUGAACCCCAGGGGCCUGUUCCAGGACUUCAACCCCAGUAAGUUCCUCAUCUAUACCUGCCUGCUGCUCUUCUCGGUGCUGCUGCCCCUCCGCCUGGACAGCAUCAUCCAGUGGAGCUACUGGGCCAUCUUUGCCCCCAUAUGGUUGUGGAAGCUUCUAGUCGUCGCAGGCGCAUCGGUGGGCGCGGGCGUUUGGGCCCGCAACCCUCGCUACCGCACUGAGGGCGAGGCCUGCGUGGAGUUCAAAGCCAUGCUGAUCGCUGUGGGCAUCCACCUGCUGCUGCUCAUGUUCGAAGUCCUGGUCUGCGACAGGGUGGAGAGGGGCACCCACUUCUGGCUGCUGGUCUUCAUGCCUCUCUUCUUCGUGUCCCCCGUGUCUGUGGCUGCCUGCGUCUGGGGCUUUCGACACGAUAGAUCGCUGGAGCUGGAGAUCCUGUGCUCGGUCAACAUCCUGCAGUUCAUCUUCAUCGCCCUAAAGCUGGACAGGAUUAUUCACUGGCCGUGGCUGGUGGUGUUUGUGCCCCUGUGGAUCCUCAUGUCGUUCCUUUGCCUGGUUGUCCUCUAUUACAUCGUCUGGUCCCUCCUGUUCCUGCGGUCCCUGGAUGUGGUUGCUGAGCAACGAAGAACACAUGUGACCAUGGCCAUCAGCUGGAUAACGAUUGUCGUGCCCCUGCUCACUUUUGAGGUCCUGCUGGUGCACAGAUUGGAUGGGCACAAUACAUUCUCCUACAUCUCCAUAUUUGUCCCCCUUUGGCUUUCAUUACUAACUUUAAUGGCCACAACAUUUAGGCGAAAGGGGGGCAAUCACUGGUGGUUUGGCAUUCGCAGAGACUUCUGUCAGUUUCUGCUUGAAAUUUUCCCAUUUUUAAGAGAGUAUGGGAACAUUUCAUAUGAUCUCCAUCACGAAGAUAGUGAAGAUGCUGAAGAAACAUCAGUUCCAGAAGCUCCGAAAAUUGCUCCAAUAUUUGGAAAGAAGGCCAGAGUAGUUAUAACCCAGAGCCCUGGGAAAUACGUUCCCCCGCCUCCCAAGUUAAAUAUUGAUAUGCCAGAUUAAACUCCUAGAGAGGACCCAGGCACACACGUACUCCACCUUGCCUUUACCUCUUGUUCAUUCAUCCCAAACCUGGAAAUGGAAACAGCCUUCAAACACUGUCGUCUCACACCCUGUUUGAGAUCACCGCCUCAUCAGUAUGCAUCAUAGAUGGAGGUGGUUUUAGUAUGUGGGUGUGUGUGGUGUGUACCUGGGUAAGAGACUUGCUUUCCAGUUUCGCACUUUCAGGUGUAACCGGGGGUAGUAAGUUGGAUUGUUUUAGUAGGUCCUCGAAAGGAAUAACUACACAGCUGUUUGUUUAAAGUGCUACUGUACCUAUCAAAAGUAUUGUUUAAAAAGUAUUUUUAUACACUGCUAAUCUAAAAUUGUAUUUCAGAUUGUGCCUGUUAUGACAUAGUAGCAAAUGUAAAGAAUUCUCUUUCCCACCACUUGUUUAUAAACCUCAUAGUUGAUAUUUUUAGUGUUCCUACUGUUAAAAUACCUUCUCCUUGGGCUUCGCUGAUACUGGUCUUUAAUAUUCUGAUAGGUGAAUUUUUCUAAUGGAAUGAACCCAUGCAUAUGUAGUAUUUAUAUGAAUAUUUUAGCAGUGUAAUGUUGAAUUCUAGUUCUCUGCAGUACAAUGUAUUAUGUUCAUAUUUUUUAAAGCUUACAUGUGAAGAUAUGUGUCUAUUGCAGAUGUCUUUAAAGACUGCAUAAAACAAUAUGUGCCUGGUGUGGAUCUUACCAAAGUACUAGGCAUGAAUAUAGGGAUUGCAAAUCCCAUGGGUCUUAAUAUUGAGGUGUUAGUAACUGAGGUCUCUGGUAGUACCCGUUAGUAGAGGAAGAGACCGCUGCCCUUGGGAGCUUGUGACAUGCUCCAGUGUGGUGCCAGGCCAUAAAGUGGCAUAGUUACUUUGUUUAGCGCCAAGUUGUUUAGUACCUUGCAUUUUUCCACACAGGUAGUAACUGGAAAUAAGCAACAAGUGGUUUGUCCAUUUCUAAUAAUCUUAAACUGUUAGUUGGCUGUAGUGUGAAGCAUUACUUGUCAUUGGAAAGAUGGAGAGAGUGACCUUAACCAGAAGUGGCCAACAGAAGCAGGUAUCAUUUUAAGGUCCAAACUUUCAUCUGUCAGCAGUAGGGAAACAACAGUUCAAAUUUGCUUUGUAGAUGAGUACAGUGUUUCUUUUUGUUUUUGUUUUUUUUGAGACAGAGUUUCACUCUUGUUGCCCAGGCUGGAGUGCAAUGGCACGAUCUCUGCUCACCACAGCCUCUGUCUCCCGGGUGCAAGCGAUUCUCCUGCUUCAGCCUCCUGAGUAGCUGGGAUUACUGGCAUGUGCCACCACGCCUGGCUAAUUUUGUAUUUUUAAUAGAGACAGGGUUUCUCCAUGUUGGUCAGGCUGGUCCCGAACUCCUGACUUGAGGUGAUCUGCCCGCCUUGGCCUCCCAAAGUGCUGGGAUUACAGGCAGGAGCCACUGCACCUGGCAAGUACAAUGUUUCUUUAGGUGCUGGUGGUACACCAGGGAAUCAGGGCAGAAGCCGGAUCCUGCAAGAGUAAUGUUCGUCUGAGAACAAAUAAAUACUUUCGAAAGGAGGUUAAAAUAAAAA